AUGGGUUCCCUUGAGAUUUUGGAUUUAAACAAUGAUACUUUUUUGGCGACCUUUGGGAAUGAUCAAGAUUACUUGAAAGCCCUAACUGGUGGCCCUUGGGUUGUCCUGGAUCAUUACCUUGUGGUUCAUCAAUGGUCGCCGGCAUUCCGCACUUCUGAUAAGCCCUAUAGGUCAGUGGUGGCGUGGGUUCAAUUCCCUGAAUUGCCCGUUCACUUCUAUCACCGGGAAAUUCUCUUUGCUAUUGGUAAUCUAGUUGGCAGGACGGUUAAGCUGGAUUAUCACACAGAAAAAUUGGAAAGGGGCAAGUUUGCUCGUAUUGUCAUCGAGCUAGACAUGAGCAAGCCCCUCCCCACGCGCAUCAGGCUCGAUGGAGAAUGGCAGCAAGUAUUAUACGAAAACCUUCCGACGAUCUGCUACUCCUGUGGGCGAAUAGGCCAUAAGGAAGACUCCUGUCCGUUGAAGCUACCGCCUCCUCCGCUGACUAUUAUGAUGGCACCUGAUCAAACGCAGAACUCCCCGCCGGUGGCAGAGUCGCCGGAAAUCCCCGCCGGCUACGGCCCUUGGAUGCAAGUGGUCAGAAAAUCAAAACGCCAGAUAAGGAAACAGGUGCCGGAUCAGCCGAGAUAUCAGGGGAAUAGAUCAGGAAAGAAUCAAGAGGAGGGCGUGAGUUUGGGAGGAACUAAAGGAAAGGGGAAGAUUGAGGUCGGGAAGAUGAAUCAGGGCACAAAAGGAAAGGGGGAACAGAGCAAAGGGUCGGGUAGGGGUGGGCAACGGGAAACGGGUAUUUGGGUAUACCCGUACCCGUCCCAUUUUUUAAGGGUUACGGGUACCCAUAUUACCCAUAAUAUUAUAAACGGAUGGGACUUGGGAUUGUACAUUCCUAAUAUGGGUACCCGCGGGUUACCCGCGAAUACCCGCUUGGGUAAUAUGGGUACCCGUUAUUCCCAUUCAAUAUAA